AUGUCUUCAUCACAUUAUAGCCUUUUGAUCAUUCUGAUUCUUUUCUCAACUUGUGUUACUACCGGGAAGAACUUAGAUGGUUACUAUAUUCCAAAGCUGAGCGUACACCGCCGAACAUUUAUUCAAGAACCUACAUGGCCAGUUCGAGCUUCUGUCUUGUCAAAGGACUUCCAGACUUUCUUUUUCAACCAAACUCUCGAUCAUUUUAGUUACAGGCCCGAAAGUUAUACUCUUUUCAAACAAAGAUAUGCGAUCAGUUUCAAAUACUGGGGUGGUGCGAAUGCAAGCGCUCCGAUCUUUGUUUAUCUUGGCGCAGAAGCACCAAUCGACGACAACAUAGGUGCUAUCGGUUUCCUGACGGAUAAUGCAGCUCAGUUUGGAGCGCUUUUGGUCUAUAUAGAGCAUCGGUUUUAUGGUGAAUCAAUCCCUUACGGGUUGACACUUGACAAAGCACUAAGUGACCACAACACUCGCGGAUAUUUCAGCUCCGCGCAAGCUCUUGCCGAUUACGCGGAAAUCCUUGUAUACCUGAAACAGAAAUUGAAUGCGAAACAUUCUCCGAUAAUUGUCAUUGGAGGAUCAUAUGGGGGAGUGCUAGCUUCAUGGUUCCGAUUAAAGUACCCUCAUGUGGCACUCGGAGCUUUGGCAUCAUCUGCUCCAAUUCUCUACUUUCACGACAUCAUACCUCGGGACCAAUACUAUUCGGUAGUCGCAAAAGAUUUUUUGGAAACUAGUUUUUCUUGCCACCAAACCAUAAGACGAUCCUGGGAGGAAAUUGAUAGAGUUGCUUCUGAGCCUCGUGGUCUCAUGAAAUUGAGCAAAACUUUCAAAACUUGCAGACCUUUGGAAAGUUCUUUGCAGCUCAAGGAGCACUUGAUAUCGGUCUACGUGAAUGCUGCUCAGUACAAUGAUCCAUUCGAACGUCCAGUGAAAAUGAUAUGCAAUGCCAUUGAUGGACCUUCUCCGAGAAAUGACAUUCUCAGGAAGAUUUUCGCAGGCCUCAUCGCUUCAGCCAAAAAUUUGACAUGCUACGUCAAUCCACCUUCUCCACGUCCAUCUCAAACCGAUUUGGGUUGGCCUUGGCAGUCAUGUAGCGAGUUGGUGGCUCCUGAUGACACCACCAACAGUACUAUGUUUCAACCAAAACCCUUCAGCCUAAAUGAGUUCGUGAAUGACUGCAAGAGAAGCUUUGGCGUCGCACCUCGGCCACACUGGGUCACUACUUAUUACGGUGGUCAUGACAUAAAACUUGUUUUGCACAGGUUCGCUAGCAACAUUAUUUUCUCCAAUGGGCUUCAAGAUCCUUAUAGCAGUGGAGGGGUCUUGAAGAAUAUUUCAGAUACUGUUGUCGCCGUGUACACAGCUAAAGGUUCUCAUUGUUUGGAUAUAGUUCCAGCUACGGAGAAAGAUCCUAUAUGGUUGAUCAAGCAGCGGAAAACCGAGGUUGAGAUUAUAAGAAAAUGGAUUGCCACAUAUUAUGCUGAUCUUCGUGCUUUUGGAAAAUGA